CGUCAUAUGACGUCAUGUUCCUGCGACUGUUUAUAUGCGACACACCAUCAUGGCGCUGUUUCCAGCUUUCGCAGAAGUCGAGAGUAACGACGUUGAAGAUUCGUCUAAAGGAUUAGACUGGCUGAACAAUAAGAGUUUUCAGACUGGAGAUGCCCUCUCUCUUCACAGUCGGUUUAUUGAGAAAACUAGUGAGAGGCCGAAUGAGAAGGAAACAAGUGCAGGCAGAGAGGUGAGCUCUGUGGAGGAGGAUGAGCGUAACGUGGCAUCAAAAAAGAAGAAAAAGAAGAGUGAAAAGAAGAAGAAAAAGAAGAAAAAACACAAGAAGAAGAGUGGGAGAUAUUCGGAUAGCAGUGGGUCUGACUCUGAACCCAUUUUCCCCAGUGACCUCAAAAAGGAGCAAAAGGCAGAUAGUCCCCAGGCUGCUCCGAUAGCAAGUAGUUUCUCCUGGUUGGAUGACCUCCAGUCGCCCGCAGGGCAGCCAUUCUGUGUGGACCGUAAAGCAGACCCAGCCAACUGGACGUACAAGUCCCUGUACAGAGGAGACGUAGCCAGGUACAAGAGGAAAGGCAGCUCGUCCUUGGGUCUGGACCCCCGCAGACAGGGACUCUGCUGGGAGGUGUCGGAGUCAAAUAAGAAACAGAAAGGAGGGGACAAGAAGAAAUCCGCCGACAGAUACUUCUCUACAGUCAGUCGCAAGCUGCUGAGGUCCGAGGCCCCUGUUCCUACAUUACCUACGAUUCCAGAGCGCGGCGAUGCCAUCACCCCCGCCUCUUUCCUCUCGCUGGGUGAUGGUGAGGAGAACAGAGGAGGUGAGACUGGUGACAGAGUGAAGACGUCAUUCGUUAAUCCUCUCGGUGUGUACGACUCCUCCACGGCGCUGUGGCUGCAAGGGAAGGGACAGCCGGAGCAGACAGAGCAGCAGAAGCAGGACACACAGACGGGACAGAGUGCAGCGCCUUUGGCCGGGAGGACUGAAGAGUUUAACAGGCGGCUCAGAGAGCUGCCAGCAGACACGCAGCUAUGGAUACAAUUCAUACGAUACCAGGAUGAGCUGAGUGCAACGGUGUUUGGAGGCGAGGAGGAGCAACAGGGCAGCGAUUCGGUCGAGCGCCGCAAGUCUUCCUACAGAGCGGUCCUAGAGAAAAAGCUGAGCAUCGCAGAGCGCGCAGUGGCCACCAACCACGGCUGUAUAGCUCUACAGCUGGAGAGGCUCAGGAUCUGCCAAGAGCUCUGGGAGCCCUCACUUCUGGCUAAAGAAUGGAAGAAACUGGUGUUCCUCCACCCAAACAGUGCCCCCUUAUGGAGGGAGUAUCUGCUGUUCACCCAGAGCUACUUCAGCAACUUCACCGUGUCAAAGGUCAACGCUGCGUACGGGAAGUGUCUAAGCACGCUCAGUGCGGUGCGUGACGGCACCAUGGUCUCUCAUCCGGCCCAGCCAGGGCUUGAGGAGGAUAUGUUGGAUAUCUUCACCCAGCAGUGUCAUUUCCUGCGUCAGUCUGGACACUCAGAGAAAGCAAUUUCUCUGUUUCAGGCCAUGAUCGACUUUACUUUCUACAAACCUGACAGCGUACGAGAACUGUCCACCAAGCAGCAGGUUGAGUUCUUUGAGCCGUUCUGGGACAGCGGGGAGGAGAGGGUUGGAGAGUUUGGGGCCAGAGGUUGGAAAGCCUGGAUGCUCCAACAAGAGCGAGGAGGGUGGCUGCAGCCCAGUGCAGAGGAAGAAGAGGAGGAGGAAGAGGAGGAGGAGGAGGAGGUGAAGGACCGGAGCAAGCCCAGAUGGACCGUCUGGUUGGAUGUGGAGCCGUCUCGUGAAGCAGCUCACUGGCUGCCCUGGAGGCCCGACAAAGCCAAGGGCCAAUCAGAAGAGGACUGUGAGGACCCGGACAGACAGGUGUUGUUUGAUGACAUCGGCUCGUCCCUAAUUUGUCUGUCUUCACCAGAGCUCCAGCUCCGUCUUCUUCUCCGUUUCUUGUCAUUCCUGGGGCUGCCCGUAGACUCCGUGCUCUCUGCUGCCCCCUGUCAGCCUGGCCUGCUGCUCGAGAACCUUUCUCUGCUCACUCAGGGUAUUGAGCUCAGUCGUCCUCUGACCGCCCACGACCUCCCUGACCCCGGGGUUAACUCUGUAGGUCACAUGACCACUCUCCAGGGAACAAGGAAGUGGGUGGGGCUUGGGAAGCUGGGCGAAAGGUUUGUCACCAAUGUGUUCAAUAUGGUCCAACCUGUCCUUCCUGCCCACCACCGAGCCGCCCUGUCACUCAGCUGGAUGCAGUACCAGAAACUCAAGGUUUUGCGCUGCCUACGUGGCUGCAACAAAAAGCGUCUCCGCUCUCAGGGAAAGAGCAGCAAGCGAGUUGCCAAGCAACUGCUCAAAGAACCAAACAACCGCUCGUCGUUGGUGCUGUGGCGGGAGUACGCCCACCUUGAGUGGACGCUGUGCAACCUCGACGAGGCUCGCAAAGUCUUCUCCACGGCCACAGCGAUAGGGGGAACCAAAGGGCUGAAGAGCCCCACCCUCUGUGAGCUGUGUCUGCUGUGGGCCCAGCUGGAGGUAGAGGACGGGCAGAGCGUGAUAGGGGGAAGACUAAGUGAUGUCACCGUGUCCCCAGCUGUUUGUGUACUAACAAGGCUAGCAGAAGGAACCUCCUCAUCCUCCCAGUCCCUCUCUCCGGUUUCCAUCCUGAAAGCCAGGAAGUCGUAUGAGCAGGCUCUGACUGAUGGCUUGUCAGCCCUGGACCAAAACAUCCAAAACCUUCAGACCAACAGAAAAGGUCAUGAGGACCUGCUAGGAGAGAAGCUGAGGCUGAGAGGCCUAAUAGGCUGCUACGCUCUGUUCCAGUACCUCACAAUGGGCAUCCAGGCAGCUAACGCCGUCUACAGCCAGGCUAGAGAGAGGACGGAGGAGCUGCACCACACGCUAACACCUGACAAGCAGCUCAACAGUAAUGAGGAAGCCAACCUUGCUAGCACUGACACUAGCCAGUCUGCAGCUGAUUCCAGCCACACCAGCAGGCACUAUGUUGACAGGCUAGCUUCAGAGUGUGAGGCAUUAGCUGUGCAGCAGGCAGUGUUGCUUAGGUACCACAACAACAUCAGCGUGUUUCCACUGGCAACACUGAGACAGAUGCUGACCUCUGCCCUCGCCACCUGGCCCAGCAGUGCUCCCCUCUGGAGCAUAUAUGUACAGGUGGAGAACCGUUACCAUAGUGCUGGCCGGGCGCGUCGUUUUUUUCACUCUGUAACCAGGGACAACAGCAGUGUGGUGCCACGCCUCUUUGCCAUUGUUGCUGAACAACAAAGGAAGCAGCUGGUGGACGCUGCUCAGAGGUCUUGUUGCUAUGAUGCUGCCUUGCCCAUCCUGCCAGAGAAUGGCCUCAGCCACCGUAUCCGAGGACUGUUUGAAAGCGCCAUAGCAACAGAGAUGGGUUCUCACUGUCCGUUACUUUGGAGGAUGUACAUUCACUUUCUGGUGUCAGAAGGGAAGGUGGAUAAAGCCACAGGGAUCUUCUACAAGGCAUUACAGAAUAUUCCCUGGGCUAAGGGUUUGUACAUGGACGCAGUGCAGCUGUUCCCUGAGCAUCUGCAGGAGUUUGUAGAUCUGAUGACGGAGAAAGAACUCCGACUCAGACUGCCUUUAGAGGAACUGGAUAUACUACUUGAGGACUGAACACAGACAUCUCAUUCAAGAACUUGAGUUUGUUUCACUGGCAGUGUGCCAAUAUCGGCACACUCGAUGGCACGAACAGGAGACUCGCACACAAAACUCAGAUGCUUCCACACACACAUUAUACAGUGAGAGUUGCAUUGAUCUUAUGGGCGAGGAGCCAUCCUUUUGUACAUAAUGUCUAAUGCUUUAUUUUCACAGCAAACCACUAGCUGUGUUUUAAUACCAGAUACUGUUAAUAAAUAUAUGAUUCUCAUUCAUG